AUGGAGGAGCUGGCAGAGCAUGGCAUUUUCUUGCCUUAUAAUAUGCAAGGACUGACAGAUGAGCAAAUCGAAGAACUGAAGUUAAAGGAUGAGUGGGCAGAAAAGUGUGUACCCAGUGGUGGAAGCGUCUUCAAGAAGGAUGAAAUUGGGCGAAGAAAUGGACAUGCUCCAAAUGAAAAAAUGCAGCAAGUUAUAAAGAAGACAAUAGAGGAAGCCAAGGCAUUAAUCUCUAGGAAACAAGUUCAGGCCAAUGUGUGUGUUAAUAUGGAGAUGGUGAAAGAUGCACUGGACCAGCUCCGAGGGGCUGUGAUGAUUGUGUACCCAAUGGGAUUGCCUCCACAUGAUCCAGUUAGGAUGGAGUUUGAAGAUAAAGAAGACUUGUCAGGAACUCAGGCUGGACUUGAAGUUAUAGAAGAAUCAGAAGCACAGUUAUGGUGGGCAGGAAAGGAGUUGAAAGAAACAAAGUUGCUCUCUGACUAUGUAGGCAAAAAUGAGAAAACAACCAUCAUUGUCAAGAUACAAAAAAAAGGACAAGGAGCUCCAGGGCGUGAACCUCUAAUUAGUCAUGAAGAGCAAAAACAGAUGAUGCUGUAUUACUACAGAAAGCAGGAGGAACUGAAGAAACUAGAAGAGGAUGACGAUGACUCAUUUCUAAAUGCUGAGUGGGCAGACAACCAUGCUUUGAAAAGGCAAUUUCAUGGUGUAAAAGACAUCAAGUGGGGGCCGAGAUGAAGCUCUGCAAACACCUCUUUGCCUCUGUAAGCUGUUUGGUUGAUAACACUUGUUUGCAACGGGGAGUUGUUUUGUAUGUGGUGGAUUCUUCUGACAAAAGCUGAAAUUGUCACUUCCGUAGCAGGUGCCUGUUUUAGCCUUAGGUUUUCAAGAAAUGUUUGCAUUUCUGUGUUAACUGUAGCAGCACCUGUCUCUGCAAGCUAUAGAAUCAGACCUGGUGAAGUUUGCUAUUUUAUUAGAAACUUGUAAUUUGAACAUUGAAAUAUUAAGCUAUUUAAUAGAUAAUAUAUCUAGUACAUAUGCAUUAGAA